CAGUGUUUGCUCAACAUGCAUUGGGAACAGACAAUUUUGAUGCACACCCAAAUUUAAAAGAAAUUGGGGAAAAAAUUGCUAAAAGGUGCAAAGGAUUGCCGUUGGCUGCAAAAACCCUUGGGGGCCUUCUAUGUGGUAAGUUAAGCCGUCCUGCGUGGGAACACAUUUUAAAAAGUCAAAUAUGGGAGCUGAAAGAAACUAAAAGUAACAUUCUUCCAGCUUUAAGAUUGAGUUAUCAUUAUCUUCCUUCUUGUUUGAAGCCAUGUUUUGUCUAUUGUGCAUUGUUUCCUAAAGACCACGAGUUUGAGAAGAACCAGCUUGUUUUGUUGUGGGUGGCGAGUGGGGUUUUACAGCAACAAUCAGUAGAAGCUGGUCAUCAAUAUUUUGACGAGUUAGUUUCAAGAGCUUUUUUGCAACGAUCUAGUGGGAAUAAGUCACGAUUUGUGAUGCAUGAUCUCAUACAUGAUUUGGCUCAAUUUGUUACUGGAGAAUCGUGCUUCAAUCUCGAACAAAAGUUUGAGUUUGAUAAAAAGUCAAAAGUGAAUUAUGAAAAGGUUCGUCAUUUGUCCUGCAUCCGUGGUUUUUUUGACAUCUCUAAGAAAUUUGAAGUCUUGAAUGUCAUGAAGUGUUUGCGAACAUUCAUUCCAGUCGGCUCAAAGAGGUGGUGUCAUAUAUCGAAUGUAGUGGUGCAUGAUUGGUUGCCAAAAUUAAGAUGCUUGAGAGCACUGUCUCUUGAGGGUUAUACGAUGAAUAAGUUGCCAGAUUCAAUCGGAGAUUUAAUACAUUUGAAGUACCUUAAUUUGUCAGAAACUCUAAUUGAAAGCCUACCUGAGUCCGUGGGUUUCCUCCUCCAAUUACAGACUCUGUUGCUCUUUAACUGCCACAAGUUUUUGAAGUUACCUGUGACAAUUGGGAACUUAAUUUACCUCCAUCAUCUGGAUAUUGAAGGUACGAGUUCCUUGAAAGAGAUGCCAUCAGAAAUAGGUAAUCUCAAGAAUCUCUUAACAUUGUCAAAGUUGAUUGUGGGGAAGGAAAAUAGAUUGAUGAAAUUAUCUAACUUGAAAAACUUCUUACGACUUAAAGGAAAACUGUCUAUUCUGAAUCUAGAGAAUGUUUUGAAUGGUCAAGAUGCUAUGGAGGCUGAUCUAAAGAAUAUUGAUGGUCUUGAUGAGUUACAUUUGGAGUGGACUUCUGAUUCUGGUAAUAUGAGGAAUAAAACCAAUGAAGAAAUGCAGAUCCUCAAAUGGUUAAAACCUCAUUCAAAUUUGAAGAGUCUCACAAUUGUUUCCUAUGGUGGCCAAGAAUUCCCUUCUUGGAUUGGUGAUCCAUUUUUUUCUAAUUUAUCAUAUUUGAAGCUUAGAGAUUGCAAGAGAUGCACUUUGUUCCCAUCACUUGGGCUAUCACCUGUUCUCAAAGAAUUGAUUAUAGAAGACAUAGAGGGAACAGAAAUAGUGGGUCCAGAGUUUUAUGGGACUGGAACUUUCUCAUCAUUGGAGAAGUUGGUUUUUCAAAACAUGUUAAAUUGGAAGGAAUGGACUUCUCCAACUGGAAGUGGAGGUGAAUUCCUUUGUCUGGUGAAUCUUGAGAUUAAAAAUUGUCCCAAGUUGACAGGACACUUACCCAGCCAAUUUUCUUCUCUGGUGAAUCUUGUGAUAAAUGGAUGCCCAGAGUUAAGAUGCUUAUCUACCACAAGUCUUGUGUCACUUAGAAAUCUUCAUAUUGGAGACUGCAAUGUUAUUCUUUUGAAGAGCAUGAUUGAUCUCACCUCUCUCACUCAAUUGAGAAUUGGGAAUAUUUCAGAGAUGUCUUGCUUGCCUAAGUGUUUUACACAAUUCUUAACAGCUCUUGAGAAUCUUGAAAUUGAAGGGUGCAAAGAACUUACUUGUUUGUGGGAGGAUGGAUCAGAAACAAUAAACCUUGCUUGCCUUAAGAAAAUGGAAAUUAGGAGUUGUCCUUUGCUUGUGUCGUUGACAGGGAAAGAACAAGGCCUCUUGCCAUUGAGUCUUAAACAUCUUGUCCUCUCUAGUUGUGAGGCACUGGAGUCAUUAUUACCUGAUCUGAUGAUGAGGAAGAUGGGCGGAAGCAACAGUAAUAGCAUCGACAUGUUGAGACUUGAAGAGUUAGAACUUCGUGGUUGUCCUUCUCUCAGGUCAUUAUCCUUGCCCAUCACAGUUAAGCGGUUGAGAAUAAAAGGAUGUGAAAAUCUUGAGUCUCUACCGGAUGGAAUACUAAUGAAAGAUGAUGGUGACAACAACAGCAAUCUUGAAUAUUUAUUUAUAGAGAAACUUCCACUUCUAAAUUCUUUUCAGAGGGGUCAGCUGCCAGCUUCUCUCAAGGAAUUUAAAGUUUAUAAUUGCGAGGGGUUGGAAUCUAUUUCAAAGGGAAUGCUGCAUCAAUGCACAGGACUUAGAUCCAUUAAAAUUUGGAAUUGUCAAAGGUUGAAAGGCUUAUCCAGCCUUGAUUGCCUCAGCAAUCUCAUUGAAUUAUACAUUGGCUCUUGUCACGCUUUAGAGUCCAUCCCCAAUCUGGCCUUAUGCAUCCCCAAUCUCAAGGUAUUGAAAAUAUGGAGUUGUACGAAUCUCAAGUCCUUCCCAAGUACUACGAUGUCCCAGUUGAAAUCGCUUCAGGAUCUAGGCAUAGAGGAUUGUCCAAACAUAGAGUUGAUUCCGUCUCCAGGUGGGAAUGAGAAUGGGGGUUUACUUUUAGAUUUACCCCCAAACUUAACAAAGGUUUGGUUAGACGAUGCAAUUCUCAAGUUCCUACUACCAAAUACGACUCAAAAACUAUCCAAUCCAGUUCCAGAUGAGCAUUUGGCAACGGUGGCGGGAUGCGGCCUCCACAACCUUACCUCUCUUCAGUGGUUGACAAUUAGUUGUCGGACAUGGCCGCCGGAUAUUGUGCUGCCUUCUUCUUUAACCACUCUUUGGAUCGAAGAUGUAUUCCCAUAGGAUAGCACUACAACCAUUUCUUAAUUACUUGACUCAAAUCUUGAACAAAUUCAUCAACAUCCUACAGGCUUAAUUACUUCAGGAGAGUGCAACAAAAUGAAGGGGGAUGGCCUAAUGUCCAUGGAGGAUCAAGAUUCUUCUCGUUUAUAAUUGGUAAGAAAUCCACAAUGAACAAGUUUCAGUUAUCUUCUCUCUUAUUUCAUCCUUAAAUCUCAAUUAUCAAAUGUUUCUCUCUACGAUAAGGUGGAGCUUCUGACUAUAGAAAUCUUUAGAACUCAUCUCACUCCCAAUAUCUCUAUCAUUCACAAUUUAUUGUUGUUGAGAGUUUCUAGCCUUGCUUAGAGAGCACUUCGUAAUUAAUCUUGACAUUUCAAUUGUGAGAGUUUUCUAGCAGACUAAAAGUCCUGUGGUUUUUCUGUUUUCCGCAUUAAAAGUUUGAUGUCUUG